AUGAAGCUUGGUACGGCCUUUUUCUUGGGGGCGUUGGCCUUCGGAGUUUCUGCAGACAGAUCUAGCAAGGCCUACACGGAACCUUAUCGUCCCCAAUUCCACUUCAGCGCUGAGAAAAAUUGGUUGAAUGAUCCCAAUGGUCUCAUACAUGCUGAUGGUGUUUAUCACCUCUUUUUCCAGUAUAACCCUGGUGGUGAUACAUGGGGCGCAAUGUCUUGGGGCCAUGCAACAAGCAAGGACUUACUGCAUUGGACUGAACAGCCUGUUGCUCUUGAGGCGAGGGGGUUCCCGAACAAUAUCACCGAAAUGUACUUCUCUGGGACGGCUAUUGUCGACGAGAGGAAUACUAGUGGGUUUGGUCGCCAGGGAAAGGCACCCUGGGUUGCUAUGUAUACGUCCUAUUAUCCAAUGGAGCAGACACUGCCGAGUGGGAAACACGUGCGCACAAACCAGCAGGCCCAGUCUAUAGCAUAUUCCCUCGACAAAGGGAUGACAUGGACCACAUACGACGCUGCUAACCCCGUGAUUCUGGACCCUCCUGCUCCAUACCAAGAUCAGUUCCCGGAGUUCCGGGAUCCCAGUGUCUUCUGGCACGAGGAUACUGAGCGAUGGGUGGCAGUUAUUAGCCUUGCGAAACUGCACAAGGUUCUUAUCUACACAUCACACGACCUCAAGAAAUGGGACUUGGCCAGUGAGUUUGGCCCAGCCAAUGCUGUUGGUGGUGUCUGGGAAUGUCCAAGUAUCUUCCCACUACCUCUCAACGGUGGAGAGUCUGAGAAAUGGGUUCUCAUGCUUGGUCUAAACCCUGGGGGCCCUCCUGGAACGGUAGGGUCCGGCACACAGUAUAUCGUGGGGAAUUUCAACGGCACCACGUUUACCGCAGACAGCGACAGUGUCUAUGACGGGAGUGGACCCACUGAUGGCGUCAUCUUUGAGGACUUCGAAGGCGACAAGACCCUUGCUGCUCGCGGCUGGAUAACUACCGGUGAUUUUGUCGGCGCUUCCCCGGCAAAAGGCACCCUCGACGGACAGAACACAGUAACCGGAUUCAAAGGAAAGCAGCUUCUGAACACAUUCCUGAACGGCGAUGCCACAACUGGCACUCUCACAUCUAAGCCCUUCGACAUCUCACAGAAGUACAUUAACUUCCUCGUCGGAGGAGGGAGCAAUGCCAACAAAACCGCAAUCCAGCUGAAGGUCAAGGGGCAGGUUGUUCGUACCUCCGCCGGGUCCGACAGUGAAACGCUUUCGUGGAAAAGCUGGGACGUAAGAGCCCUCCAGGGGAAGAGCGGUACUAUCGAGAUUAUCGACAACGCCACUGGAGGAUGGGGCCAUAUUAAUGUUGACGAGAUUUCUUUCUCCAACACGCGCGCCAACAGCCAGAUCGCAAAUUGGCUCGAUUGGGGCCCAGACUUUUACGCGGCGCUCGGGUGGAAUGGUCUCUCUCAAGAUGAGCGAACGGUUAUCGCGUGGAUGAACAAUUGGCAGUAUGGAGGUAACAUACCGACAGACCCCUGGCGCAGUGCGAUGACUAUUCCCCGGCACCUUGCUCUAAAGACAAUCGGUGGCAAGGCCACAUUGGUGCAGGAGCCAGCGGGAAAAUGGAAAUCAAUUACGAGCGGCGGUAAUGCAUCCACUUUCCGUCGCGUGGAUGGUGUGCGCGAGCUCGGCCGUAUCGGAAAAGCGCUGCAGAUUGAUUUGACAUUCUCCAACAGACGCCCGUCUCUUUCAGGUAACAGUUCCGAGUUUGGAAUUGUUGUCGCCGCAACCAAGGACUAUACCCAGCAAACACGAGUCGGCUAUGAUUUCGACACCCAGGAAGUUUUCAUUGACCGGUCAAAGUCAGGAGACGUGUCCUUUGAUGCCACCUUUGCGGCUACAUACUCCGCCCCUUUGUCUCCUUCGGCAAACGGAUCUGUUUCCUUGAGAGUCUAUGUGGACUGGUCAAGCGUUGAGGUCUUUGGGGGACAGGGUGAAGCCACAAUCACCAGUCAGAUUUUCCCUUCUGCUGAGGCUGUGUACGGUCGACUGUUCUCUACUGGCGGUGCAACGAGCAAUGUUACACUGAGGGUGAAGGAAGUGCGUUCUACGUGGCAGUAG